CGUAAACUGCGGUCGCAAGUGAAGUCGCGUUUGAAAAUACGAAAUAAAUAUAUAAAUAUAUAUCUAUUUUGCAUAAAUCUUGCGAGCAAAGAUUUAUAACAAGCAUACAAUAUCCGGCUUUUUUUCAAAAUAAUAUAAGGACAGAUAAAAAGAAAAACAAAAUCACAAUGCGUCGUGGUAAUAAUUUAAUUCUGUUCAGCGCCCUCAUUUGGCUGCUCGUCGCGCCAGCUUGUUUGGCGGAUCUGAUGUGCUAUGUGUGCGAUGACUGCGAAAAGGUGACCAAGGAGACGCCGCUGCUGGCCUGCAAUGCGGACUUCUUCAAUCAGGGCGGCAGCACCGAGGCCUCAACCGUGACCACGACCAGCACAACCCCAACGACAGUCUUCACCACCGACGAGGCGCCGACGAGCAGCACCGAAACCACAGUCACAGCCGAAAACACCACCACGGAUAGCACCACCAGCGAUCCGGUGACCAGCACCGUGUCGACGGAUUCGACCAGCGAAACGAACACCGAGAGCACGGAGAGCACAGAGGCGCCAAUGCCAACGCCGGCGACAGUGGGACCACCAGAGACGACAACCGGCGUGCCCACGCCGCCGGCCGAGGAUCUGUUGCGUCAGGUGAACACCACCCGGCUGUUGCCUAGCUCAGCUGAUGCCGACUCAGCUGCUGUCACAACAACCACAGAGCUGGCCAUACGCCAGCGUCGUGCUCUGAUCGACACGAGCGUCAGCUAUCACUGCUAUACGGUGCAAAAGACCGUCAAUAAUACGGUGCAGACGGUUCGCGGUUGCUCGCGUGUUGAGCCGGAGCAGUCCGUCUGCCAGGAGCUGCAGAUCCAGAGCAACGAAACCAAGCUGGCCAACUGUGAUCCGUGCAGCAUGAAUGCCUGCAAUGGUGCCACAUCCACGUUCCAGUCAACGCUGCUGGCGACACUUGCCUUUGCCCUUGUCGCUGCUCUCCUGCAGCGCAAUUGAGGAGUGGAACACCAGCCACGCCCCCCGCUCUCCAUCUCCAUUCGCCUUCCGUCGCCCACUCCAGCCCGGUGUUAAUUAGUACAUAUUGCUCAUUUGUUUAAGGUACACACAAACACACACACACACAAACACACACAGACAUAGUCACUGAAGCGCUCUACAUGGGCGCACCUGGGGCAGGGGUUGCUUUUAUUGAAGAAAUUACACCUAUGAACUUAAAGCUAUUGAGCUUGUAAAAAACUUUUCUUGAAUAUAGAAACCCCCUCUCACCCCUACCCCCACUAGAGACACAAGCCCCUUUAUCAAAAUCCUGCCUACGCCCUUGAAGCGCCUCUGCUCUCAUUUGUUAAGUCAAGCGAAACUUUAUGUAAUUUGUAAGCGACACAUACACACACACAAACAAACAAACACACACACACACACUCACAAGCGAAUAUCGAAAUAUAUACAUAUAUGCCUAUAUAUAACUUAAUAUGAACUAAAGCUAACCAAAUGUGAAGCAUAAGACAAGUUAAUUGAUAUGUAAUAAACUAUUUAUACAUUAAACGAUUUUUCAAGAUCUUCUCCGAGAUGUGAAAA